UCCUCUCAUUUAUAAAACUCCCCAGGAACCCACCUCCCACAAGCAACCCACUUGGCCCCGUUGACAUCAACGCCAUCUCUGCUUCUCUCUCUCUCUCUAAUACUCCAAAAGAAAUCGAGAAGAAAAACCCUCCGGCGAGCGAUGCAAGGCCUACGACGUUGCUCCAACGAAGUCGUCCGCCUCGACCUGAGCCCACCAAGCGUGGCGUCGUCGUCGUCGCUGUCAAUCGACGUGGCGGAGUCGGCGGAGGCACGCAUCCGGCGGCUUAUAUCGGAGCACCCGGUGAUCAUCUUCAGCCGAUCCUCGUGCUGCAUGUGCCACGUCAUGAAGAAGCUGCUGGCCACCCUCGGCGUCCACCCCACCGUCAUCGAAUUGGACGACCACGAGAUCGCCGCCCUCCCCUCCCCGGCGCCGCUGGACGCCGACGCGGACUGCUCCCCCCGCAGUCCCGCCCCGGCCGUCUUCAUUGGCGGCACGUGCGUCGGCGGCUUGGAGUCCCUCGUCGCCCUCCACCUAAGCGGCCACCUCGUCCCCAAGCUCGUCGAAGUCGGUGCUCUCUGGGUAUGACACCGCCCGUAAUUUCUGGUGAUAUUAGAUUUAGUAGAAGAAGAAGAUCGAAGAAGAAGAAGAAGAAGAAGAUAGCUGCGACUUUGCUUCUGACAGACCUUUGCGUCAGGGAUACUCGCUCUUGUAGAUGCAACACGUGUAUGCUUUGAAAUACGUCUCUUGGCCUCCAGGUUUCGUUUACCGAGUCCCAUCCGGUUACAAUAGUCCGGUAGAUUCGUGUCCUACAACUUAUUAAUCAAUCUGGGCCGUUUGAUUCAUAUAUCUAUAUAAAUUUCCAGGUAAAGUUUCGUGUCUCCGGUGGCCUCCUCUUGCAUCUGUAAUAAUUGUUGGUGUGUGUGUGUGUGUUAUAUAUAUAUAUAUAUAUUAUACUGUACUGAAUAGAAAAUAGUAGUUCUUCUUCUUCUA